AUGGCUGGCAACCAGCAGCCGAGGGUGCUGCAAGCCCUUGAUGUGGCACGGACGCAGUGGUACCACUUCACGGCGAUCGCCAUCGCCGGCAUGGGCUUCUUCACCGACGCCUACGAUCUCUUCUCCAUCUCCCUAGUCGUCGACGUCAUCGGCCAUAGGUACUAUGGUGGCCAGCCGCCUCGCGGGGUCUCCGCCGCCAUCAGCGUCAUCGCGCUCUGCGGCACCGUCCCUGGGCAGCUCGUCUUCGGCUGGCUCGGAGACAAGAUGGGCCGGAAGCGCAUCUAUGGCUACACACUGAUCCUCAUGGUCGUCUGCUCCCUCGCCUCCGGCUUCUCCUUCAGCAAGCGUACCGGCAAAAGCGUGGUGACCGUCCUCUGCUUCUUCCGGUUCUGGCUCGGCGUCAGCAUCGGCGGCGACUACCCGCUCUCCGCCACCAUCAUGUCUGAGUAUGCCAAUAAGAAAACCCGCGGCGCAUUCAUCGCCGCCGUCUUCGCCAUGCAAGGUUUUGGCAACCUUGCUGCUGGGAUUGUCACCAUGAUCACAUCAAAAGCCUUCGAGAAAGCAUCGCCCAACGACAUUGACUACGUCUGGCGCAUCGUCCUGAUGAUUGGCGCCAUUCCGGCACUGCUCACCUACUACUGGCGCAUGCAGAUGCCGGAGACGGCACGGUACACCGUCCUCGUGGCCAAGAACGCAGAGCAGGCCACGUCGGACAUGGAACGGGUUCUAAGCAUGAACAUCGUGCCUGAAGAAGUGGAACAGGCCCCGCUGGACGACGUGCUUGUUGGGGAGGGCGAAGAUCAGUACGGCCUCUUCUCCACAGAGUUCUGCCGCCUCCACGGGAUUCACCUAAUUGGCACCACAGUCUGCUGGUUCGUCCUCGACGUCACCUUCUACUCGCUCAACAUUUUCAUGUUGGACAUCUUCACCAUCUUUGGGGUUCUCCCCAGCCCCGAAGAACCAGGAAACCAGGUCACACGCAUGAUCCGUGCCACUGGACUGCACACCGCCGUCGCGCUAUGCGGCACGCUGCCGGGGUACUUCUUCGCAGUCGCCUUCAUCGACCGCGUCGGGCGCAUCAAGAUCCAGCUCCUCGGGUUCACCAUGAUGACGGUCUUUACACUGUGCCUCGCUAUCCCGUAUGACCAGUGGCAGAAACCCAAGUACAGGGUUGGCUUCAUCAUCAUGUUAGGCUUCACCUUCUUCUUCGCGAACUUCGGGCCAAACACGACGACCUUCAUCUUACCGGCCGAGAUCUUCCCGGCGCGGAUGCGCUCCACAUGCCACGGCAUAUCUGGGGCGGCGGGGAAGGUCGGCGCUAUCAUCGGCGUGCUUGCCUUCUCCUUCAUGGGUACACACUUCAAGGCAUUAUUGUUUGUCCUUGUUGGGUGCAAUCUUGUCGGCAUUAUGUUCACCCUCCUCUUGCCGGAGACCAAGGGGAAGUCCCUCGAAGAGAUCACCGGGGAGAAGGAAGAAAAUGAAAGGUCAAAUCUUGAUUCAAAGACACGACAUUGCAUAUUUCUUGGCUAUGGAGAGAUCAAUCAAACAAUUGAGGAUAUUGUGCAGAAAAGGGAGAAAUUUCCAGAGUCAAUUCCAAUUGAGCUCACCAAUAAGCUGAAGAGGAUGAUGCAGAAGAUGUGUAAGAUGACGCACAUAGUGGUGCAGGUGGUGAAGAUGACCCCCAACAAGAGUAUGAAAAUUCAGAAGAAAAUGAUCAUGAUCAGCAGGAAGCACCAGCACCAGAUAGUCCAUCGGUAG